AUGCCACCACCUCUACGUUGCCUCGGAUGCGCUAAUCACUCUUGCCCAAAUGAUGCGACACAGUCCUGUUCCGGCUGCUUUCUCGUUCGAUACUGUUCCAAGGCGUGUCAGAAAGAGCAUUGGAAAUCUCAUAAGCAAGAUUGUAAAAACCCUUUGAAGUCAAAGUCAUGGUCGCCCACGUGGGUUACAGAGAACAGGAAGCCGGCGUUCAUAUCCGGUCCUAACGAGGCAAAUAUACAGCAAAAACGAUGGGGCAACAUGAUGUCCAUCGAUCUCAUUAAUGCAAAAAAUAAUGAGGGUGCCGAUGGAAUAUGUGACAAAGAUCUCUCGCUUGCUUUCAUAGCUUCUGGGGAUUUGCGUAAUGUCGUCAGGACAGUCAAUGAGCUGCCAGAAGACUACAUCGGGACACUUAAAAUCGUACUAAAUGAUAAAAAUCCUAUGGCAGUAUGUCGCAAUCUUAUGAUUCUGACCAUUCUUGGUAUCGUCGAGGAUGUGGAGGAAGCCGCCGAGCACGCACUUCACUUCUGGUACUCGGUCUUCCAACCACUGUCCUAUCGGGACCAUGUCUUUCCACUAUUUUCCGAUGCCCCGACUUUUCAACAUCUCGAUGGUACCCCCGCUUGUCUAACGUCCACCACCACAGUAUACAUGAGAUGGGACACUGACACGACCUAUUUUCUCAUUUCUUUGCUCGCAGGAGAUGAGAUUGAAUUCCCCCAAGCCAAAAAUGCGUUGAGCAGAACAAUGUACGCGCCGGAGAGAAUCGAUCAUCGUGAGCGAUAUUAUGCGAGUCUCAGGCCGUCUCAUAGAGUGGCUUUCGACGCAUGGCGUAGAUCUGGAAUACUCCUUCCUUUUGGUGCGAUGAAAGAUCAUAUGUACGUUCCGAACAGAUGGCUCUUCUCCCGUCAGGGAAAUCUCCUGCUCUAUGAUAGCUCUAGUCCUCUUAAAGGAUGGGAUUACAAUGAAGUGGUCAAGGCAGGAAGGGCGCACGGUACCACUGACGACGACCUGAUGGGCGGCAUGUUCUUCUACGUGAAGGACCAGCUUGUCGAAUUCUCCAAGCGACUUCGGAAAUUCAAGGUUCACAUCUAUUCUUAUGACAAAGAUGCCAGAGACCUUCCUGCGAUUUUAAAACGCGACGUGUCUUCGCCCAAGAGUUUCGAUCGGAUCGAGACUUCCAAUAUCACGGACAAGAACUACGUUGGCUUGUCCAUUCUGUCUGAUUGGGGUCCGCUGUUAAACGAAGCUAAUCCUAAUGCCGCUAUCAUUGGCCUGUUCAUGAAUUGGACGGCUUGGAAAAGAGCUGGUGAGGCCGCAUCGUCCAAAGCAAUGUACCUGCGCGCGAGGAGGAGGAUGGCAUCCUGCAAGUUCACGGUAAGUACUUGUCCUAAAUUCGCCGACACAGACAUUUGUGACUCUGUGCUAGGACUUGCACCAUGUGUCUGA